AUGAUGACAAUGUUCGAUGACAUGGCAACCUUUAGUGGCGAUCUGGAUAUGAUGGUUGCUCCCUUUGUGGAUGGAAAUAACUCUACACAACAAUCUGAACCCGACUUGACAAUCGAAGAUGAUUACAGCGAUGAUGAAGACCUUGAUGUGGAGGAAUUGGAGAGGAGGAUUUGGAAGAACAAACUUCGCCUGAAACGCCUAAGAGAGCAAGGUGGAACAAGAGAUGGACUUGAAAUCGCUAGGCAAAGGCAACAAAACUCAGAAGAACAGGCAAGGAGGAAGAAGAUGGCAAGAGCUCAAGAUGGAAUAUUGAGGUACAUGCUCAAGAUGAUGGAGGUUUGCCAAGCUCAAGGCUUCGUGUAUGGCAUCAUCCCUGAGAAUGGAAAACCAGUCACUGGAGCUUCUGACAACCUCCGUGCAUGGUGGAAGGAUAGAGUCAGAUUUGAUCGAAAUGGUCCGGCUGCAAUCGCUAAAUAUCGAGCAGAUUCUCUCGCUAGUAAGAAUAAUGGGUUGAAUACUGUUGGUCCAACGCCUUGCACCUUGCAAGAGAUUCAAGACACAACAUUGGGUUCUCUCUUGUCAACUCUAAUGCAGCAUUGCGAUCCCCCUCAAAGGCGAUAUCCACUGGAAAAAGGUGUCGCACCACCGUGGUGGCCAACUGGCAAAGAAGAAUGGUGGCCCCAAAUCGGAAUGCAGAGAGACCAAGGUCCUCCACCAUACAAGAAGCCUCACGACUUGAAGAAGGCAUAUAAGAUUGGGGUUCUCACUGCUGUUAUCAAGCACAUCUCACCCAACAUUCCUAAGAUUCGAAAGCUAGUGAGGCAGUCUAAGUGUCUUCAAGAUAAAAUGACAGCCAAGGAAAGUGCCGCGUGGAUUGCCAUUGUGAAUCAGGAGGAGGCCUUGGCUCGACAACUUUAUCCUGAUUAUCGCCCACCAUCAUCAUCCCCUGGAGCUAGCAGCUCUGUAGUUGAUGACUUCAAUGAGUAUGACGUUGAAGGGAUGUUGGAGGCAUCCAUUUUGGACCUAGAGGAUCGCCGAAAAUGUGACAAUUUUAUCAACACGCCCAAGAUAGAUGUAAUCAAGGGAGGGAUGUCAUUGCACCAACCUGCUUCUCAUCAUGCAAUGAAGAGGAAGAUUCCUUGUGACUUCAACAACACAAUGAUGAAAGAGCCACAGAUUUUCACAUGUCAACAUCCUCUGUGUCCUUACAGCGAACCUCGUGUUGGUUUUCCGGAUAGGAUUUCUAGGGACAACCAUCAACUCAAUUGCCCAUACAAAAGUGUUUCUUCAAAUUACAGAGGUUUAUCAAGUUUUCAUGUUGAUGAGGUUAAGGCAAUCAUAUCGACCUCAUCCUUUGUUCGACCCAAAUCAAAUCCUCGGCCUCAAUCUGUUACUUUGGCUCUACCAGCACCACAACCACCACCAAUAACGCUAGCAGCGUUAAAUAUGUCUAGGCUUGGAGUUCCAAACAAUAACCAGAAAAGGAUGGCUGAUCUAGUGCCAAUCUAUGGCUCAAACUUUCAAGGCAAUGGUGGUGGCAACAGCAUGAGUUCAAGUGCUAACCUUGUAGUUGCAGAAAAUCAACUGAUCAUUCCCCAGCAACAAAUGGUUCAAAGGCAUCAAGAUAAUUUUUGUGGUGAUCAAGGGAUGAUGAAUGGGGUUAGCUUCUUUCAAGAUUCAAGCAUGACUAAUAACAACAACCAACUUCAGAUGUUUGCACCACAGGAAGCUCAUCAGUUUGACCCCUUCAAGGCUUUGAAUUCUUCUUUUGAGACAAGCCACAACAACUUCAUCAUCAACAACAGCAGCAGCAGCAACAUCAUCAAUAGCAGCAGCAGCAGCAACAACAUCAUCAUCAGCAGCAAUAGCAACAUUAUCAGCAGCACCAACAACAACAACAACUGCAUCAUCAGCAGCAAUAACAACAACAUCAUUAACAACAGCAAUAACAGCAACACUACUAUCAUCAACAGCAACAACAACAACAACUCCAACAUCAUCAAUAGCAAUAACAACAUUAACAUGGGCAAUGACAACAAUGAUGUGAUGAUCAACAAUGAGACCAAUUUCAAUGUGAUGUUUGGGUCCCCAAGUGAUUUUGGGUCUUUUGAUCUGAGGGAGAAUAUGCAAGGAGCGGGAAUAAUAAUGGAUAAGCAGCAGGAAGCAGAGAUAGCAGCAUGGUUCGAGUGAAGGAGAGUGUGGCAAUAACAAGAGGAUCGGAUGUUCAUCAAUCCUUUUACGUCUCUUUGUUACAUAUCAGCAUAGCCCCCGUCUCCCCUCUCCCUUUCUUUUGUUUUGUUUUGUUUUUUGCCAAUAAUAAUGAGGGUGUGUGCCCCCUCUAUCACUUCAAUCUCUGCACUGUCUUG